AUGGACCCUCACUCAGAAAAUUAUUAUUUAUAUGGAGAGGAAGAUCAUCAUUCAGAACAACCAGAAAAAGUAUAACUGUAGGAGAAUCUGAACUAUACAGCACCUCAAAAAAAAGAUAAGGAAGAUGAUGAAGAUAUCUUAAUUCAAAACAAAGAUCUACAAUUGCAAAAUUAAAAGACUUAGAGAAUUAGAUUAUUUAUGAGAUAAGAUAAAUUUGGCAUAAGAUUUAUUGCAAAAUCACUUGAUUCAAGUGUCUAUUAAAUUCCACUAUUUGACUCAACUCAAAAUUGCCGAAAAGUCUUUGUUUUGGACAUAUAAAAAUGCUUCAUAUGA